AUGUCUGUACUUAAAAAAGCCAAACUAAACAUGGUGAAGCAGAUCUGUACCCAUUCUGGGUCGUUCCAUGCCGAUGAGGCUUUGGCCGUUUACAUGCUGAGAAUUUUGCCCGAGUUUAAAGAUGCUAAAGUUGUUAGAUCCAGAGACCCUGCGGUGUGGGAGGAGAGCGACAUUGUUGUUGAUGUGAGCGGUAAAUACGACGUUGCAAAGGGACUAUAUGAUCACCAUCAGCGUGAGUUUGAUGAGACCUUCAGCGACCUAUACAAGACCAAGUUGUCCAGUGCAGGUUUGGUUUACAAACAUUUCGGACUAAACAUCAUCAAGACUUUGCAGCCUCAAUUGUCGGCGACACAGGCCGAAUUCUUGUACCAAAAAGUCUAUCGUGACUUUAUCGAAUCUCUUGAUGCCAACGAUAAUGGUGUCAGCAAUUUUGACAGUGAAGAACUUGGCGUAAAGCCCAAAUUUCACGACAAGAACAUCACCAUCCCUGGUAUCAUUUCUGGCAUGAACCCCCGCUGGAAUGAAGACAGCACUGAUGAGACGUUCGACAAAAACUUUUUCAAGGCCUCGGACUUCAUCGGAGAGGUCUUCACUAACCUUGUCAAGGGCUACGGUGAGUCGUGGAUUCCUGCGAAGACGUUGGUCGAGGAGGCCAUCGACUCCAGAUUUGAGGUCGACCCUUCGGGCAAGAUCGUCGUGCUAUCCCAAUUUUGCCCCUGGAAAGAGCAUUUGUACGCGAUCGAGAAAGAGCGCGGUAUCGAGAACGAGAUUCUUUUCGUCCUGUUCGCAGACUCGUCCGGCAAAUGGAGAGUUUCCACAGUAUCGCUUUCUGCGACGUCCUUCAAGUUCAGAAAAGGCCUUCCUGAGCCUUUGAGAGGUCUAAGAGAUGAAGAACUAAGCGAAAAGAGCGGUUUGCCAGGAUGUAUUUUCAUCCACGCGGCGGGUUUCAUCGGUGGAGCGUCCUCCAAGGAAACCGUUCUCAAGCUUGCUCAAAUGAGUCUCUAA